AUGUAUGAAAAAUAUCUACGAAACAUAGAACUGGAAGAAGUCGAAGCUCUUUAUCGUGAACAAAGUUCGCAUGUUGCUUGUGGAAUAAGAUGUCCACCACCACAGUACCCUAUUCGAUCAGCAGACAAACAUCACAUUGUGCGUAUCGGUGAUUUCAAACAACAUCCAAAUGAAUCCGAAACAAUGUCUAUCGAAUUAUCCGUUGAUGUUGAUAGAACAGCUCUCGAACUCAUAUCAUUAUUGGAAAAAGCAUCUCAAUGUCAAACUGAAUGGCGUCAAUCAUCAAUCAUAAAACAAAUGAUAACAAGAUAUUAUCGUUUUAUGCAACUGAAAGCCUCUUGUUCAAAUAAUAUUCUACUUAUCGCAACAUUAGAUAUUGAAAUAAUUUGA